AUGGCCCGUGGCCUACAGGAAGCGGCACAAGCAGACCAGUUGGAGAUUAUGCAGUUGCUUUUAGAAAAUGGGGCCGAAAUCGAUGAGGGUGUCAUUAUUAAGGCGAGAACAAUUCCCGCCUUCCAGCUCUUGAUCAAGCAUGGAAUGCAAGUCAAUCAACCUCUGUCGUGGGGUCAUGUGCCUCUCAUGUAUGUUGUGUUGAAAAAUGAUGAGCGCCUACUUGGAUGGUUUCUCGCCCAAGGGGCAAACCCGAACCUUGGCCCCUCUGACACCAAUACUCAGAGGGGGUUUGUGGGACCCGAAGACCAGCCAGUCCCCAACUCAGGCGGCCCGCUAGAGAUGGCGGUAUUAACGAAAAAUCCGAAAAUUGUGGACAUUCUUCUCUCAUACGGUGCGGAGAUGCAGAAUGCGCUUGUGCUUCAUACGUUAAUAUUCGCCGACCGAAACAAUUGGGCUAAGAUGAUGGAGCAUUUAGUCCGGCAUAGAGUAGAUAUCAACAAAUUUGGCUACCAUCCUUUCUUGGACAACGGCGGCACACCACUACUAAUGGCUGCUAAAGCUGGCGAUGUGGACCAAGGACGCUGGUUGAUUGAACACGAAGCCAACCCAUUGAUCCCGGAUGGGUCAGGUCUAUACCCAGUUCAAUGGGCAGAGAUAGCAGAUGAAGAGACAGAGACAUGUGCUCCACCUUUCCGCGAGUGGCAUAAAAAGGCACUGGAUCUAGCUGAUCCAGAAACCAGAGAACGCCUGAAACAAGAGCAUGCUCGGGUUAGAUAUGCUCGCUGUCUGUGA